AUGUUUAAAAGAACCUAUUAUCUAGCUGGGUGCUAUGUUUUGAAUCAGCGUGUUUUUUCUGACAUGUGGCAGCCGUAUUACCGUGAGGAGGUCUAUAGAAGGGCUAAGGGACGGCUGGAUGAACUUUACAAAAUUCAAAACGACAACACUGAUAGAAAUGGCUUAUGCCCUCCAUUCCAGACAUCUUCACUGACGCUUUCCAGGAGGGCGGCAGGUGAUGGUGGUGUGGACUCGAUACCCCCUGUAGACGCCUUGCAUAGUUACUCCCCAGACGACGAAAAUAACCUUGAGCUCAAUGCUCUUUCCUCUUCCCCGUCAGUGUCGAAUCUUCCGAUGUAUGAGAUUAAUGGUAUUGUCGGCACAUUUUUGUCAUGUUAUAAUGCAGAAGAUCUGAGUGCAACACUGCAGUAUAUACGCGAACGUCUGGGUAUGGAUAUCUGCAGUUUUCACUACAACGCCCUCUUUCGGAUCUUCAAUUAUGGACAAGAUAAGGAUAGUGUGAUGCAGUUGAUGGAUCUGAUGGUCCAGCGUGGGGCGAUGACGCUGGAGGCGUACGCGCGAGCGAUUGAUUGCAUCCACUGCCUUGCCCCUGCCGACUCGCUGGAUCGCAUUCUGACGAUUGUGCGACUCGCGCAAGAGGCGUUUGGGACCUUGGUGUUCGAGGAAGUUUCCGGCUCGGAGGCCGCGACUGUGAGCGCGUACAGGGCGGGUGCCCCGCUUGGCCCCGAGGACGGCUGUCCCCCUUCUCGUUCCUGCCCCGUCCUCACCGCGCUGCUGCACCACGUGUCCGUCGCCAACGACGCCGCAAGCCCCAUCGCGGCGCUCCUCAUCGCCGUGUGGGUGCGGGCGCUCGGGGUGCGCCUGUCGGACUGGGACUACGUCUCCAUCUGCACCACCCUACUGACGCGUGUUGAGACAUUUCCACGUGUCUGCAGGGCCUACAGCAUCUUUAGUGACUUUCCCACUGGCAGUGUGAGCCCUCAAAUGGUCUUCGAGCGGCUGCGGGAACGCCACGAGUGCGUGUCCCCGUUGUCCAUGGUGUGCCGCCUGGUGGAGGUGAUGCGGGACUCACUCGAAAAAGCGGGCGUGGACUUUGAGAAACCUGUGGAGGUGGGUGUAGUCAACACCAGAACGAUUGGGUUGCAAUCUUGGAUUAAUGAAAUUUUGAAGUAUGUGGUGUUCCAUGAGCGUGGACUCGGAUCGCGUCGGUACAAUGCUGCGGUACUGUAUCAUAUCCUCAGCCUACUGUAUAGCACAGUACGUGAUGAUAAAAGUGCGGUAGACGUACUGUUGCUGGCAGCGGAGCACAAAGAGCACCUUUCAGCCCAAACACAAGGGGAACGUACCCACCCAGAGGGUGUGGAGCCCAUCGAGCGCCUAGAUGCGUCUUUUGUUCCUUCCGCUACGGAUGGCACGAUGUGUUGGAUUCACGACAGGGGAUCGCAUGGAGAGCCCUUUUCAAUCUCUUUUCAGCAUAUCCAAGAUGUUGGAAGCCUCCUUCCGCGACUCAGCCAGCGGACACGGCACGACCUCUAUGACGCGUACAACCGGCUCGUGCAAGAUGUGGUGCAGCAGUAUAAAGACGGGAAGUUCUAUCAUGUGCGGGGUCUCGAUACUCUUUCUGAACCCGCGACCAGUGCUAGCACGAGUGAUGCUGCACCUGUGGUUUCCUUCUCCCCGACCACAACUUCGAACCAUGCGGUGGUGUCGCUCUUGUCUCCGCCCCACCCCUUGUCCGCUUCGGACGUGGCUGGGUGUGAGGGCUAUACGCUAGGGGUAAUGCACCCAACCGAGGCGGCUCGCAAGGUGCUUCACCGUCUCGUUGCACAGACAGCUCGAAGCAAGUCGCGCACGCCACGUGAGGUUCAACUCUUCAUGCGUCAACUGGCGCAAUACUGCUGCACACACCCUUUGCGCAACUGUAAAUUGACCCCAACAGGCCUGGAGGAGCGCAUUCGAUGGGGAAAGUACCUGGACGCACGCGACACGUCGCUUGCGCUGUUCGGCUCCGGUCAGCACGCGCGUGAGUACAUGAAGCAAUUGUACUACAAUGAAAAUCGUCUUAUCGCUCUUAGAUCGGAGGAGAUGAUCAUGCAGGAUAUCACUGAAGUGACGAACAUCUUAUUUCCUGCCAACUCCAACUCUGAUGAGUUGCCAUCGCCUUCGAUUUGGCGUUCAAGUUCUGUAUCGGAGGCGCGUCAGUGGGCUUCACGUCGAACUACCCUCCCGCACAUCCGUUGCUCACCGCAUCUCGUGCCUCCACACCUUUACGACCCCCACGUGUACAACCCUUACCCUCACGUUGCCUUGAAGAUCGGUCCGAUAGAGAUGAGCCAUGAAGGAAAAGAUGCUGUUUCCACGGCUCAUGAUGCAUCUGAUUCAUCGUCGACCACGGAUGACCUCUUUGCUGAGCUGUGGAGCGUUCUUAUGAACUCUGACGUCAUGGGCCGAGACCUUUGGUAUCUGCGUAAUGCGCAAAUGUACAUGUUGCUCAUGCGCUGCCUUCUCCAUCGUUUGGAUUGGGAAGCAGCGGCACAUCUCACUAUCAAGAUGCAGGAGCAUACCACGUACACCUACCUAAUGGACCAUGAAUUGACUACAAUUUUUAAGGAAAUAGGUGAUCCUGCCGGUUGCCUGGCGUUCAAAGUGGCUACUGGUCUCUUCGAUGGUCGUAUUAUGCAGGACGGGCAAUCAAAGCGGAAGCAGUUCCACCAGGAGUAG